ACGGUUUCAACAAGAACAGCGACAUUUUCUAGUUGACAAGCACAGAGGGAGAAAAAACAGAGCUGCGCUCUGUUUCCCCUGUUUCUCUCCUUCGUAUUGUUUUCUUUCUAUCUGUUUCCAUGCUCCUUGGCAGCAUAAUACCUUCACUGUAUACUAUAGCUAUGGUAGAUUCAAUAUUGACUCUACACAGAGAAAUGGAAGCUACCGGCGCUUUGCUUGUUUACAACUUCUCUUUUGAGUGAAAACCCAUAAUCCUCCAUCUUCUCUGCCACCUUGCUGUUGCUUUGAAUUCUCAAUUCCCAUCUGUAAAUGGAUUCAUUCAACAUCACCAGCAUCAAGAUUGAGAAGGCCGAAGCGAUCAAGAAGCAUAGGAAGAUUCGAAAGAUUGCAAGUUUGUUCAGGUUAAUAGAAAUAGGUGUUGUUCUAGCUUUGAUUUCCAGGUUUUCCAUUCAACUCCCGGUUGCUGUCAAGAACUCUAGUGAGUAUUUCAAGGACUUAACAGUAAUCCUUGUAAGUCCUCGGUUUGUGUUCGUUCUUGGUAACAUGAUAGUCAUCACUCUCUUUGCAAAGUCAGGCCAGUUUUCAGGUCAAGAUUCUAAUGGGAAGAAUCCAAGCACUGAUCUUUAUGACGAGUUUGUAGAGAAGAGUGAAAAGAGUCAGGAAACUCAUCAAUAUGAAGCUGAAUGCAGAGAGAAACAGGUCACUUAUGUUGAGUACAAAGUCACUGAGGAUACUUCAACUUCUUUAGAACGAAAGAAAUAUCACAGAAGUCAAUCAGAGAAACUGGAGAGGCCAGAUAGUAGCCGGGAACUGAGGAGGUCAGCGACUGAUAAAUGCAGGAAAACCAUUGAUUCUGCUAAGGAAUCGGAGAAAAGUUCAUCUCCCAAGGAUAAAAUGAGCAACGAUGAGUUUCGGAGCACGAUCGAGGCUUUCAUUGCCAGGCAAAAGAGGUUUCUAAUAGACGAAGAGAACUCUUAUAUUUUAUAGUAAAAACUGGGGUGUGAGAAAAAUUCAAGUUCCUUUUUUCCCUUCUUUGUUUGCAUAUCCGUAAGACUAUAGGUGUGUGUACAUUGCUAAAUCAUAAACGCAGUGUAAAUUUACCUGUAACCUCUUUUUUUGUGUGAAUUACAAUUUACAACUUUAUGCUUUA